CUGAGCGUACGUCACACGCACUCACACACAUAUUACUGCAUGACCACGAAAGGAGACCGAUAAGAUAGGACAGAGGGAGAGGAUUAAUGACGAACAAAACACCUGUUGGAAGUCCGUCUAAGCCACACAUUCUUCGCGCUGUGAGAAACAAGGUUAUUGGAAUACCAAGUCCUUGGAAAUAUUUAGAGCACAUUUCUUCUUCUGGGUAGAAAUUAAUUCUAGUGCAAUAUUUAUCAUGCUGGUAGAAGGUGACAGGUGGUUUUACUGAGGUCUUCACAACAGUAUUCUGUAUUUUACGCUCCAGGAAAACAAAGCCGACUUUUGUUUCUAUGUUGUCAGAUUGAAAAUCUUCCCCUUUGUAUUUUCAUCACCGCUUAGUGCCGAUGUCGUUAAGGUGAAAAUUAACAAUUUAUUGUUGUUGUUGCGUUUGAUAAAAGAGUUGACUCAUUUAUUUUAUAAAAGAGGAAGAACUUUUUAUUUGUCCAAGGAUAAACAAGUACUCCGAUAAUAGCGUUAUCAGUAGUUAUCUACAGCAUUUUCUUUUUCAGUAGAUAUAUUCAGAGCUCUAACUAAUCGGGUUCUGAUGGUUCCUUUUACUCGAUCCUCUACAGGAGGAAAUCUCAUUUCGUCAACAAAUUUGGAGGAAGUAGAGUCGUCAUUUACUGAAAUCGAAUCCAUUGCGGCAUCCGAAGCAGGAGGACAAACGUUCUUCUCGUCUAGUUUGUCAAACUCUGCGCCAUCACUUACGCAUUCCACAACCGUUGAAGAACUAAAGGAAGCGCUAUCUUUACCUUUUGCAGCAGAAAAAUUCAAAAAAGUACCAUUUGUAUCUCAGAAUUCAAACAAUUUACUUCCGUCAUUUGAGCAGCAAACAGGAUUUUUUGCUGUCACUCCAGGUCAUGAGACUACAGUGGAUUACACAGCAACUUCACCCACACAAGAUACAAAUCAGGUAUAUUUAUACAUUAUCAUUUCUGUUGGUAUCAUUUUUUUCAUUAUGAGUACCGCUCUUUUAUACUAUCUCUGUCGAUGCAUGAUGAGAAGGAAAAAGAGGGAGAAUCAGUUGGCAACCAUAACUCCAAAAUCCAAUGAUCCCAGAAUGGCAGGAGUUAGGGCGAACCACCCCAUCCAAUUUGUUGUACCAACAACAAUCGUCAUCAGUGAAAACACAGAAGAAUCUGUGUCUGAAACAGAUUAUUCUUCCAGUGGGGCAAAAACACUUCCGAUCAUACUGGACAGAAGGAAAAAGCGAGGAUUCCACAUAAAUCCAGAGGACUUACAACAUGGACUUUAUGUUGGUGUCAAAGCAGCAUCAGAGAAAGGUACAUUUCUUGGUGACUUGGGAAAAGUUGGUUUUUCACUGAGUUUCAACGCUCUCAGAAACCAAUUAACAGUGAAACUAAUUGGUGCUUCAGAUCUGCCUUGCCACUUUUUAAGAACCACAGCGAAUCCAUGUGCAAAAAUUGUGCUCUUGCCAGACAGGACGACUAAAUAUAUGUCCAAAGUGCAGAGAAAUACUAUGAACCCUAUCUUCAAUGAAUCUUUUGUGUUCAGUAUGCGGAGAGAUGAUCUGGAGGAGAAGAAAUUAAAAAUAUCUAUCUAUGAUUAUGACAAAUUUUCGCGCAAGUGUAUGAUAGGCCAAGUUGUCUAUUCUGUGAAAGAUUCUGGAUUGGCCAACAGUACUUCGGUCGAAGCAAUGACUGGAGAUAUCUGGAUUGAUCUUAAACCAGAAACUUCUUCGCAGUCAAGCAAUGUUGGGGAAAUGCUAUUUUCUUUAAGCUACAAUCCUGAUGCAGCUAAUCUCACUCUGACAGUAUUGAAAGUACGAGGUUUAUCGAUGCAGUAUGACAAAGGAAAAGAUUUGUUUUUAUAUUCUAAAGUUACAUUGUACGUCCGUCGCAAAUUGGUCAGGACCAAAAAAACGCCAACUGUACUGAAGAAACCUGAAGUGGAAUUCAAUAGUAGCUUCGAUAUCCGUGUGCCCCAGCAUGCAUUGGGAGAAGUGGACCUUCUGGUUACUCUAUGUGAAAAGGGUCCAGGGCUGGCUCCGAGAAAGAUCCUGGGUAGGACACAGGUUGGAGCCAACUGCCUCUGUGACCAAGGACUUCAGCACUGGCAGGACAUGCUCCUAAGUCCAAAAAGCACAUGCGCUCAAUGGCAUUUGUUGUGUGAAUAGUUUAAGAUCCAUAACAUCAUAAGAACGUAUGACAGUUUCAUAAAAAGUGCAUUCAAGUAUUGGAAGAUGUGGGUGUGUAUAACGCUACUACAUUUGCUGACAUAAAACUGUCAGGAAGAACAUUUUAUAAGAAUUCAUGGCUGGACCAACAGAAAAAUAUUUCAUAUCAUAAAUAUAUUUUACAUCUUUCACAGUUGCGGUUUCAUACACGUAUUUUACUCGAAGCAGUUGAAUAAACAGCAAUAAACAUUUUAACACACUUUGGCAACUGUUUCACUAAGCCUAUAAAAGACUGAAAUUCAUAGAUUUCAUAUUUCAGAUUGUGAAUAAGGUAACACCGGCAGCUGACUGGACAUUUAAUCAACAAGUUUACAGCCAAAAUCUCUAAGUGUGAAGUAAUAGAUGAGUGUUAUUUCAAUCAUUUGCUAAGGAAUGUGAUUUAUGUGUUUUGUUCUGGAUUUUAUAAAUGCUGUUGAUGAAUGCAUUUGUGCAAAGUUGAUAAGAAACUGAAACUAAAAUAAAUGUUUUAGCCUUUUGGAAAAACUAUGGCAUGACAAGUUUGAAUAUACACAAGCUAUAAUCAUACAUAUUAAAUAACUAUUAACGAUUGAAAUGUGACUAUAAAUAGAAUGUGUUCAUGCUUUACAAAUGAUAUGAUUGAAAAAUAUAUUUCAUUGUUCCUUUGUGAAACGCAAAACUGUUACACAUAGUUCUAUAUGACACAAAUUUGUUUUUAUAUCUUGCUUUUUCUUGCUUGUUUAUUUAAUAUUUCGUGUAAGAAUUGUGGUAAAUAAGCAAUGAUUAAUGCACUUCACGAUGCCAUUAUGAAAUAAUUUAAUGGCAAUUUUUAAUAGAUUUGGAAUAUAAAAAUAUUAUAAAAUUCUUAUUAGAAUAGGAGUAAUAUUUCUAUGAUCUAAAACAUUUAUUUCAUAAUAAAA